AUGUUGCAAUUCCAAUCUAUGAGGUUGUUGAGCUUGGUAGUUCCUCUGAACUUGCUCUUUGCCGUCUUUGGCAAGCGAGUGGAAGCAACAGACAACAAAGAAGAGCUGGACCUGACUCUCACUCUUGCCCCACCCGGACAAAGCUCCAUUGUACAAUCUGCUGAAAAGAAGGUUUACAUCCCAGAAAAAGGUACGGAGGGGUACAAUUAUAACAACAAGAGUGUGGACAGACUCAAACGUCAAUCGGCGGCUAUCCGAAAAGGAGUACGGGAGCAUUUUGCAAGAAAAAGACAGAAGACCAUAAAUGCCGUUGAAGAGUAUUUGAAACAACAGAAGCAUAAAAAGGCUUUUUUGUCUUAG